GUUACACAGACUGGCCCAUUAACUCACACUCAUCUCCUCUGCAGUCAGUUUCCACUUUCUUAUCAACUGACUUUGACAGCAGACUUCUAGAAGACACCUUGCCUUUCUUUUUCUACCCUUUCUUUCUUUUAACCCCUUUUCAGUUUGACAAACAGACACUGUGUGGAGACUUUUUCAGUCAGAAGAGGAACUUUUCAGGGGACUUUUUCUCUUCUACUUCUUAUAGCUCUGAGAGAAUCUUCUGCGGAGGCCAAUGGAUCUCUCCGACCUUCCCUUCCCUCUCUCCUCUGCUGACGACCUCUACGAUGACCCCUGCUUCAGCACCAGCGACAUGAACUUCUUUGACGACCUUGACUCCCGGCUGAUGCACGCCGGUCUGCUGAAGACAGAAGACCAUCUUCACCACCAUCAUCACCACCACGUCCCCACCGCAGAGGAGGACGAGCAUGUGAGGGCCCCCGGGGGCCUCCACCAGGCGGGAGGGCACUGCCUGCUUUGGGCCUGCAAGGCCUGCAAGAGGAAAACGUCACAUGAAGACCGGAGGAAAGCAGCGACGAUGCGAGAAAGGCGGCGGCUUGGUAAGGUCAACGACGCCUUUGAGACCCUGAAGCGCUGCACGGCGGCAAAUCCAAACCAGCGGCUGCCCAAAGUGGAGAUCCUCCGCAACGCCAUCAGCUACAUUGAGUCACUGCAGGCACUGCUGAGGACCAGCAGGGACGACAGCUUCUACCCACAGCUGGAGCACUACUCGGGGGAUUCAGACGCCUCCAGCCCCCGCUCCAACUGCUCCGAUGGCAUGAUGGAUUUCAUCUCUCCGUGUUCAACCAGAAGUGAGAACAGUGACGGUUCCUACUGCAGCCACACAGACGAUUCCAGCAGCAGUAAACCAUCCCUCAUUUCCAGUUUGGACUGUUUGUCCAGCAUCGUAGAGCGGAUCAGCACCAAUCCAGCUGUUGCCCCUCCGGGCGACAGCGUGGUCCCCCAAGGCCCUGGAUCACCUCAGAGCAGCCCUGCAGGCUCCAGUCCCCCUGCUGAACCCAACAGCAUCUUCGAGCCGCUCUGAACCUGAAGGAGCCGAGGACUUAUAUUCCACAAAAAGCCAAAAACCAGCUUCAUUUUCUCUGAAGUUUGAGUCCAGUUUCUUCAGUUUUCAGCCUCUUAACAAACUGAAGAUGGCUGCUGUGUUCCAAUAAUCUCAG